AUGCGGUCUUAAGAAACAUUUGGAUAAACCCUUUAAAACAUUUAAACUUCGUUAUGGUGUUUAAUGAGCUCAGCAUUAUUGGGAUACUUAAUUAUAAUCUAAAUCACUCAAGCCAUUAGACCAUUAAAAGGUUAAGCAUUAUAUAAAAAGAAAUUUUGGAAAUAUUUUGCGAUCAUAAAUCUAGCAAACAUUGUCUAAGUUGUAUUGUUAUUUCCUGGAUUUUUAGAGCUUGAGAAAAUAUUUUCAAAUGAAACACUAAAUCCAUCCAAUUUGAAUUUUGAAAUUAUAUUUUUAGCUUGUUCAUACGCUCUUAUCCCAUUUAUUGAAUUAAUUAUUGUAUAAGACAGGGAGAUCUAAGCUACUUAUUUAGUUCUUCCUAUCUUGAUUAUGAUUCUCAUUUCUAUAGUAAAUACAAUAUUCAAUUUAAUGAUUUAUGGAUUGGGAUAAACGUUUUUUGUUUUCUUUAGACACUUAUGCUAUUUUGGCAUCCCUGCUAUUUUGAGCCAAAUUAACAUUUAUAAUUUUGUUGACGAAUGA